UUAAGUUAAAACAAGUGAACCUAUAUAGGAACCUCACAUUGUCCUAGAUAUAUAUUAUUGUAACAGAGAUUGAUUGUAAAAUAUAAAGCGAAUAUUUGGAAUAUAAUGAGUAGCCAAUAUUCAUUCACUAAAAACAAAAUAGAUUCUGAUGACUCAGAUAGUUUUACGUUAAGAAUAUCGAGCAACGAAAGUGAAAAUGAUAGUCUGAAACUUGCGAUUUCUGCAAGUGAUGACGAUAAUACCAAUAGUGAUUACUAUAAUUCUGCGACAGGAAGUGGGCUGUCAUCUUCGACGAUCCAAAUGGAUGAGAACAGAUCGCUCAGUCCUAUUUUCAAUUUUAAAAUGGUUCAAAGAAAAACAGUUUCUUUUCAGUCUUUGAGUUACAAGUUACAACUUUGUAUCAAUAAAGUGGAGGCAUACAAAAAAAACGAAUUAUUUUCAAAUUCUGAAAACAGAAAUGAAAAUAGUUCAUCCUCUGAAAGUGAGCUAGAAAUGAAUCAAUUUAAGAAAAUUGGUAAUCAAACCAAUAGAGAGCUAUUUAGUUCAGAUGGUGAUAGUUGUUCGACGAAUGAAAGAAAUGUCAUGAGAAAUUCAUUACAUUCCUAUCGAAUAUUAAAAGAAUCUGAUAAACUGAAAAAAUGUAAAAUUGAAGUUUGGGAACCUAUAACGACUUUAAGUUUAAAAUGAUAGCAAUAUUCUGAAUUUUCAAAUAUUUCAUUUGUAUAAAGUUGAGAAGAUACCACAUCAGAAUUAAUUU